GCGCGGUGACGUCACACGGCGGCGCGGUGACGUCAGAGAGCGGCGCGGUGCCGCGCCGGGCCGGGCUGUCCGGGCGCACGAUCCUGAUCCCGACCCCGAUCCUGCCGCUCCCAUGGCACCACCGCCCGCAGGGAGGAGGCUCUGAGGACGCUGCACAGGAACGCCGGGACGAUGGGUCUGGGAGGUGCUGAGCCCGAGGACCCCGAGAGCGGCGAGGCAGCGGCCCCAGGCAAGCACUACGUGUGCGGGUACUGCGCGGCCUUCACCAACAUCGCGGUGACCUUCCCCAUCCAGAAGGUGCUGUUCCGGCAGCAGCUGUACGGGCUGCGCACGCAGGACGCCGUGCGCCAGCUGCGCCGCGAUGGGCUGCGCACGCUGUACCGCGGCAUCCUACCCCCGCUGCUGCAGAAAACCACCACCCUGGCGCUCAUGUUCGGCCUCUACGAGGACUUCUCGGCACUGCUGCUCAGCCACGCGCGCGCCCCAGAGCUGGUGACGCGCAGCGCGGCCGCUGCACUCGCCGGCACCACCGAGGCCGUGCUCACGCCCUUCGAGCGCGUCCAGACGCUGCUCCAGGACUACAAACACCACGAUAAGUUCACAAACACUUACCAGGCCUUCAAGGUGCUGAAAGCCUAUGGAAUGAGGGAGUAUUACCGGGGGCUGGUGCCUAUUCUGCUGCGAAACGGGCCCAGUAACGUGCUGUUCUUCGGCCUGCGUGGGCCCAUCAAGCAGUGUCUGCCCGAGGCGACCUCGCACAGCACCCACCUGGUCAAUGACUUCAUCUGCGGGGGGCUGCUGGGUGCCAUGCUGGGCUUCCUGUUCUUCCCAGUGAAUGUGGUAAAGACUCGCAUGCAGGCUCAGAUUGGCGGGGAGUUUCAGUCCUUCUCCAAAGUGCUUGUGAAGAUCUGGCUGGAGCGCGACAGGAAACUGAUGCACCUCUUUAGAGGAGCCCACCUGAACUACCACCGCUCUGUGCUGUCCUGGGGGAUCAUCAACGCCACCUACGAGUUCCUGCUGAAGCUGCUGUGACCCCCAUCCUGCUUGUGGGGCAUUGGCACUCACGGUGUGUCUGGGCACACGCCCAGGGAGCAGGGCCUGUGCACGUGACAGGUAAUUCCUCCUGGCCUUCCAUAUUUAUGGGGUGAAUGGUGAUAAAUUUAAACCUUGGUGCAAUUGUCAUGAACUUUUUAAAGUAUUCCUUUGCUGGCAGGUGAGUUUACCCAUAACGGAGCUCCUAGGCAAAUACAAGGUUUAAAAACAAAUAUCAAAAAUACUUGUACCAGUUAUUCAGUAUCACUCCCAAAAUUCCUUAACUCUCUGUGAUGGGAUGUGCUCCACUGCCCGCAUUUAGAACGUGAGAAUCAAGGAGAGGCUGAAGAAAACUGAUUCCAUUGCCUGAUCAACUUCCAAGUCUUGAUUCUGGAACUGCUUUUUCAGACCCUUUGGGUCUUCAUUGUGUCAAGCUCAAAGGACACAGAUGGGGAUGACUGAGGUGUAGAGCUCCCAGCUGCACCUCAGGCUGCUUGCAGCAGUGACCGUGUCCUCCAGCCAUGGCACUGACCAUGUGACCUCAGCCCAAGCUGGAUCUCUGUGUGUGUGUGUGUGUGUCUGUGUGUGUGUGUGUGUGUGUGCGCGCGCCUUCCUGGGAAAAGGGAAAAGUAGAAGGAAUGAAACAGCAAACUCACUGAAGCUUUAAAGUGUCCUUCCUUGUAAAAAAACACGGAGUUUGUUCUGCUUAAUCUUUUCGUUUGGGGGGUUUCGUUGGGUGGGUUUUUUUGCAUUGCUACAUUUUUGUUGCCUACAGCUAUGGGGCCAGGGAGAAGCUGUCCCUCUUUCCAACACUCACGGAACACUCAGGCUCCUGCAGCUGCUGAAGCACUUCACACACGGCUCUUUGCACUGUGGUGUCUUGUCUUUUCUCAGUUCCUUCUGUGGAAUUAUGGAUCUUGUGAUUUUUUACCCAAAACUCAGGGUUCUGCCUGCUUGAUGUGUGCUGCUGAAAGUUCUGUCAGACACAGUGGCAUAGACAAGGUGAGGUUCCUGGAUUACCUGCUUCAGUUGGAGGUCUGUAGGUGUAGCAGAGAUGGAAGCCAAAGAUGACCUUGGAAGCAAGGAGGUGGGAAAGUGGAGUGUUUGGAGAUGUGUUUCAGGACUUCUGUGGGCAAGUACUGAAAAAGACUGACAGAAAUGUGAAAAUUGCAUGUCUAACAGACGUGAGAGUUGAGAGAUAAAAGACUUCAGACCUUAGAAACAAGGACAGAAAAGCAAGCACGACCCUGAGCCAGGUGAGGGUCUCAACAAAAAGCAUUUGAUUCUCCUGGGGGACUUCCUGUUAUUAAACUGUAUGUUUAUAUAUAUAUAUAAACCAAAAGACUGUGGAUGAUGCGGAGCAGCAAAGCUUUCAGAAACUGGUCUCAUUUUGGUCUAUUUGUAAUUUUUGGAGGGGCUAUUGCUUUUCUAAAUUACAGUUUUCCAUUUGCUAAACUGUCUUCCGAUAUUGAUCCUAAUCAGUGUGUUGCAAUCAUAAACACAGCCCUGAGCUUCACAGCCAGCACAAACACAAGUUCCUGUAUCCCAGUGGUGAUUAUCUGCAUCUAAAUAAAAUGUUUACUGGAUAUUUGUUACUGGCAGAAUCUGAUUUUUACCAGUGUGCUGGGUUUUUUUGUAAUCACUCCUUGAUGGAAUAAAAACAAAAUCUGCAUCCUG